UGGAAACAGCAGAAACCUGUUGGUGCAGGUACUCGGCUUGAAAAAAAAGAUAUGCACGGCUAAGAGAGGCGGCAGAGAUUGACUGUCAUUCAGCGGCACGACAGCAGCACUGCGAGCCUGAAACAAUUAAGAGACGCGCAAUAGGAGAAACCUGGGCAGAUAAGCGUCUACAUCACAGAAAAACUGUCAAAGUACAGUACAGAACAGUCGCAUUUCUUGGAGUAGCAGAGGAGCACCAAAACUUGAAGAUGCAAGGUCGCCUGCGUUUACGUCCAUGGCUGGAAGAACAGAUCAAGUCUGGCAAAUACCCUGGAGUCAUGUGGUUGGAUGAAACUGCCAGGGUCUUCCAGAUUCCUUGGAAGCAUGCUGCUCGACACGGAUGGAAUAUAGACAAGGACGCCACUUUAUUCCGAAACUGGGCAAUCCAUACAGGGCGAUACAAACCUGGCAUAGACAAACCGGAUCCCAAGACAUGGAAAGCCAACUUCCGCUGUGCUCUCAAUUCACUGCCAGACGUCCAAGAGCUUCGAGACAAAAGCAUCAAGAAAGGCCACAAUGCCUUCAGGGUCUACAUCCUACUCCCCAGCAACAAAACACCCAAGAGAAGGAAAGUUUUCAGGAGCUUGGAUACGGACGCCGCCAGAGUUGGUUUGCCUGCAUUACUGCCACACACCAAUGCACCUCUAGAGCGGUUUACGGAGGCCUUCUGGAAGUACAGGGAGGACAGCGCGGGAGUAGUUCCUGAGAUGUUCACAAAACACGGCUACCCCACGUUUCCGGCGGUGAAAGAAGAGCGGUCAGCGAACUACUGCUGCUCUCCAGCUGCCAUCAGCACUGCGGCGCACGAAACUCAGGCUAACACAGCAGAGGACCAUGAGCAGACAGAGGCAGUGUUAAAGAUUGUAGACCAUCUUCAGAACCUGGAACAUUGGAGCCCCCUGUAUGAGCAUGAAAGAAGUUGGAGACCACCAAAUUCCUGGAUGGAAUGUCUUUAUGAAUCAGUGGACUGUUCAGGCUACCCCUUCCAGACAGACUGUCACAAUCACAGUAUCACAAGUCAAUUUGCCUGAGACCACCAGCCAGACUCAGUUUGUUCCAACACCACUCAGUGCUGUAGAAGUAGCUACGGCAUAUCACAAGCAUGAACAAAGUGCAAUCGGAUUAAGAGGUAACACAACUACUGGACAUUUCUCCUGAUCACGUGACACGCUA